UCAUCUCAGACUGCAUGCGCAGAGAAUGGGCGUAGACACACAGGGAAGGACUACAGCAAACACCGCUGCAUUUCUUUCAUUCUAACUCACUGGAUACAAGAUAUUUACUCUCAUGUGGUUUCAAAGGACACGCUGGUGGUAUCGCCAGCCUCGCGAACAGGGAUGAGGUGACUUUUGAUGCGCGUGUAUGGCUUCUAUCAUGCGGUCGAUGGCGCAGAUAAAGAGGAUGCGUGAAACAACGCAGCCCAACCCUGUUUUCAUGAAUGUGUUGGGAGAAAACCAAAUAUUUCCGGAUGAAGAUGAAAUCAGCAUUGUCUGAAUGUUGGUUUCCUAUGGACUGUCGUGCGGAAAACCCGAAUCGAUGAAGCGAGUGAAAGGAGCAGCAUGCUGCUUAGGUGAUUGAUCACUGUGCUCUAUGAGAACAAGGAGGAGCGCAGCUGCUUUACGAUGGCAGAGGAGAAUAACCUGAAGACAGCCAGAUUAUGGAGGGAUGCUGCUCUGCGCUCCAGGAAGCUGCGGAGCAAUCUGCGACAGCUAACUCUCAGCGCCAAAAACAGCCAGAAAAUCACAUUACCCGAGGACAUAAAAGAGAUCGAGGUGCUCAAUCUAGGUAAUAACUCCCUGCAAGAGCUACCAGAGGGACUGGGCUCAACCUUGACAAAGCUUCGCAUCCUUGUUCUCCGCAGGAACAAGUUUGCCACUGUACCUUCUGCAGUAUUUCAACUUAGUCAGUUGGUUGAGUUAGAUAUUAGUCACAACUGCCUGAGCCACUUUUCUGAAGAUAUUGAUCUUUUGAAGGGGCUUAAGAAGCUGUGCAUUAGUCAUAACAAAAUCCAAUACCUGCCAUCUCAGAUUGGGACUUUGCAUUGUCUUGAGGAACUUGACAUCAGCUUCAAUGAGUUGCAUGAUUUUCCCAGGUCAUUUUCACAGCUCAGGAAGCUCAGAACACUUGAUGUGGAUCACAACAAGCUACAGCAUUUUCCCUCUGAAAUUCUUGCCCUCAGUGACCUGGAGGAGCUCGACUGCUCCGGGAAUAAACUAGAGGGUCUUCCGGGGAAUAUUAUGAUGCUCCAAUCCAUUAAAAUCCUGUGGCUGAGCAGCACUCAUCUCUCCUCCUUGCCGGAAACAUUCUGUGAGCUGCAGAACUUGGAGAGCCUGAUGCUUGAUAAUAAUUUCCUCACAAAUCUGCCACAAUCAUUCGGAAAACUGCAAAAGAUGAAAAUGCUGAAUCUCUCAUCUAACUCCUUAGAAGAUUUCCCUCAGGUUAUUAUCAGAAUCACUAGUUUGGAGGAGUUGUAUUUAAGCCGAAAUAAACUGACGUUCCUCCCUGAGGAGGUAGGACAGCUGAGUAAUCUUGCUAAUUUGUGGUUGGACAAUAAUAGAAUAACGUUUCUCCCCGACUCUAUUGUAGAGCUAGGGAAAUUAGAGGAGCUGGUGUUACAGGGUAACCAAAUUGCCAUACUCCCAGACAAUUUCGGAAAACUUGCCAAAGUGAACAUUUGGAAGGUGAAGGACAAUCCUCUCAUUCAGCCUCCGUAUGAAGUGUGCAUGAAAGGGAUCCCAUACAUAGCUGCCUAUCAGAAGGAGCUUGCACACUCCCAGACUGCUGUUAAGCCCAGACUUAAACUUGUUAUGAUGGGACAGAAAAAUGCAGGGAAAACCGCACUCAGGCAGUGCAUCGUCAGUAAACUAGCAGAUGCCAAGAUGGCGAUUGGAGGUAGGGGUAUUGAUGUUACAAACUGGGUAGCGGAUGCUGAUCGUAGUCUUACGUUCAUUGUGUAUGAUUUAUCAGGUAAACAGAACUACGAUCUUAUCAAACCCUUUUUCCUCUCCCCUGGAGCUCUUUAUGUUUUAGUGGUGAAUCUGAAAUCAUAUACAUCAAAGAGCUUUUACUCUCAUGUUGGGCAUUUCCUCCACCUGCUCAGUGCCAAGGUGCCACAUGCUGUUGUGUGCAUGGUGGGGACCCACACUGACCUGUGUGAGGAGUUUGAGAUUGAAGAAAAGUGCCUGGAUAUUCACAGACAGAUUUCACUCCAGGAAAAGAUGGACAUUGAGUGUAUGCAAGUGCUUGCCAUGCAGGUUGACGAAGCCCUUGAGCAGGGUUAUGAUAUUCGGAUGUCUAGCCCCCAUGUGCUCUUUUAUGGUGUUUUGGAUAAAAACUUGAGACGUAAGAAGUCCCAGUUGCAAUAUAUGCUGAACAAUCGAUUACAAAUCCUGUCUCCAGUGAUUUGUGUCAGCUGUGUGGUGGCACAAAGGAACAUCCAGCGCUUGAAAGAGAAGCUCAUGUCGGUCGCUGAUCACAGGGAGAUUUUCCCCAACCUUCACAGAGUGCUACCCAAAUCAUGGCAGAUGCUUGAGGAACUGCAUUUUAAGCCACAGGAUUUAUGGCUUUCCUGGUGGGAUUCGGCCCGAUUGGGCCUCCAGGCAGGGCUGACGGAGGACCGCCUGCAAAGUGCUCUCUCCUACCUACAUGAGAGCGGUAAACUUUUGUACUUUGAAGACAGCUUGACGCUGAAGGAAUAUGUCUUCCACAAUCUGCCACGGUUUAUUGCCAUCUUAAAUGUUUUUUUUCAGAGGGACCUUCUGACAAUGAUUGAAAAACUUGAAGCUGAGGGAGACAAUGGAGAUAAUGCCAGAUCCACACAGAUGCACAGUCACGUGGAGGGUUUUCUGUUGCACGGCCUACUGCCAUCAAAUGUCAUACGUUUGCUGCUUAAACCCCUAGUACAGACACAGCAGGACUUGCAUCUGAUCAUGGAACUGCUGGAAAAAAUGGGGGUCUGUUACUGUGUCAACAAACCUCGCAGUAAGCCACUUAACGGAGCCACUGUCUGGUAUAAGUUCCCCAGUCAUGUCAGCAAUGAGGAGCCCCAUUCAGAGGCCUUGGCCAAUGGGGGUUCGUCCAUCCCUGGUCAGUUCUUCUCGGUUGAGCAGCUGCAGAUUGAAUACAGAUUUCCUUUUCUCACCCCUCUUGGACUUUUUGCAAGAUAUAGUGUGCAAAUCAACAGCCACGUGGUGCAGCGAUCUGACGGAAAGCAUCACAUCUUUGCCUAUCGGGGUAAAGUGCCUGUGACGGUGAGUUACUGGCCCUCACGGAACAGAUUGCAGGCUGAGACCCUCUCCAUUUCCAGCCAUGCAUCCUUGCCAAAUAUCUGGACAGCUUGGCAAGCCAUUAUUCCCCUAGUGGAAGAGUUAAACUUUCUUCUGCAGGAAUGGCCUGGCCUUCACUACUCUGUGCAUGUCCUGUGUUCCAAGUGCCUGAAGAGAGGGUCCCCCAACCCACAUUCCUUUCCAGGUGAGCUGUUAAGUCAGCCUCGACCUGAGGGACUAACUGAGAUCAUCUGCCCCAAGAACGGCUCAGAGCGGGUCAACGUGGCACUAGUUUACCCCCCAGCCCCGACUGUGGUCAGCCCCAGUCAUAAAUGACACUUCCUGCACUUACCUGCCUGUGAAUGGCCUUCACAAACCGAUGCAUCUCUUUCCUCUAUAUCUUAUAUGCACAUGUGUAAAUACACAAGAACGUGCGCGUGUUUGUGUGUGCAAACAUAAACUGUAGUUUUGUCACAUGCGUGUGCCCCACUUACCUUUUGCCUCCGCCCUUCUUUCCUCAUCUGAGGGUGAUGAUGGACCACUUAAUGGAUGGUUGUCAUAGGGAGACCAUGAUAUAUGGACCCACUUACAUGUUAUCAGCUCUGACUGCCAACACAUGAUGAACUGAAAGUAUUAGAAACUUGUUGCAGUGACAACCUGUUUUGUCUGUGUACACAUAUUGUUCCUUGGGGUGGCCCUCUGAACAAUCUUUUAACCACUUUGAGUCUCAACACCACUGGCACUCAAUUGUUUGAACAUUUCAGCUCAAUUCAUGAUAAUCUUCUCCCAAGCAAGUUCAUGGAAAUCCCCAAUUAUACCCAAAGGCAUCUCUUAGACUGAAACUACAUAAUGUCUGUGCUGCUGUGGAUGGAUCUGCUGAAAGAAAUGGAAGAGGAUGCUGUUUCCCCCAGACUUGAGUACACUUUGAUUAGAAAGGUGAAAAGUUGGACUUAUGCUUUAAGUGAUAUUGUACUUCAAAUGCAUGCCUUUAAAAUGCUGAAAGAAAUGUUAAAAGAUGGCAUUUCAAAUUGUGAAAUGUAUUAGUGUAUACCUCUUGCUAGUUUAGUUGUCUACAACAUGGAAGAACAGAAAUGUUGUCUUAUUGAGCAUAAACCUUUUGAGAUCUCUCUGCUCACAGACAGAAAUGUUGUGUUUGGUAGUUUCGGGCGGAGAAGAGGAGACAUGUAAAACUAUUUUAGUGGCAGCCAAAGACAUAAAAAUGUUUCCUUGAACCAAACUAAGACUUUUUUUCUUUUCUUUUUCUUUCUUUCCUGCUGUCUGUCUUUCUUUCGAUGGUAAGAUAAUAUUUUGUUCCUGCUUUUGGAUACAUAUGAACAGGAAUAGGGUACAAGAAUUCAGCCAAGGAUGUCUUUUCUUUUUUGAAGAAAAUUGUGUAUGCAUAUCCGAUACAUAUGUAUUUCACAGAACAUGAUCUUCAAAUGUAGUGUAUGAAGCAUAUUGUACACAAUUAUCAAACUGAAAAAGUUUAAAAUAAUUAAGACUUCUUUUUAUAGAGUUGAUUCAUAGUUAGGACUGUUGUUUAUCAUUUCAAUGUUUCUCUUUUGGAGAGGAGAGAUUCUGCAAUAUGUGAUGUUUUGCAAACAGUUAAUAACAUUUUGUAAAUAAUAUUUUAUUUUUGUAAGCUAAUAAGCUCUGUCACCAAUAUCCAACCUAAUUUACUGUGCAUGGCUACUGUGCUGAAUGUAAAAGCUACAAACUGUUUUCUAUGUUAUCAAGAUGUUAUUCUUUCUCAUAGUAGAACCACAAAAAAAAUCACCAAAGCACAGCAAAUAUAAAGGCUGGUUUCCACACUGUUUUACUGUCAUAUCCUUUCUGUAUUUUUAACAUCUCCAAAGCAUAUACAGUUGUGCUCAAAAGUUUGCAUACCCUUGGAGAAUUGGGAAUAUAUGUACAAUUUUUAAAGAAAACAUGAGUGAGCAGGCAAAACACAUUUCUUUUAUUUCUUAUGGGAUUCAUAUUCAACUGUAGGUUAUUACAGAAUGGCACAAUCAUAAAACAAAACAUGGCAACAAAGAAAAAAAUGAAAUGACCCCUGUUCAAAAGUCUGCAUACCCUUAGUUCUUAAUACUGUGUAUUGCCCCCUUUAGCAUCAAUGACAGCGUGCAGUCUUUUGUAAUAGUUGUCUAUGAGGCCCCAAAUUCUUGCAGGUGGUAUAGCUGUCCAUUCAUCUUGGCAAUAUGCCUCCAGGUCAUGCAAAGUCUUUGGUCGUCUUGCAUGAACCGCACGUUUGAGAUCUCCCCAGGGUGGCUCAAUGAUAUUAAGGUCAGGAGACUGUGAUGGCCACUCCAAGGUUUUUUUGCAUGAUCAUUCAUAUUUCCAAAAUCAAUGGCAAAAUGUCACAAUUUCUGCCAGGGUAUGCAAACUUUUGAGCACAACUGUAUUGUAUAAUAAAUUGAUAAGCCAGCUCAUGAUUUGCAAUAGCAAAGGCUCGCUCUGACUGUAGAAAACGUAAAUCACCGCUACUAUCCUAAACUACAGGCUACCUUUUUGAAUUCAGAUGUCACUUAAUGUCCGAAAACCCUUUUUGCAACCCUGUUACACAAAUGUAAAUUUUAGAAUUUAUUAUAAAAAAAUAAAAUAAAAAAUAUUUAACUAUCCUAUUUAUUUGAUGUGUUUUACUAAAGAAUUAUAUUACACUAAUUCAGGGUUUUUAACAUAAAAUGCAAAAAAAGAAAAGUUUGUGUGGUAUAUUCUUGGUUGAACAUAUAAGGUAAAGACUGCAGAACUGUCAAAUAUAUUUCGCCAGGCAGUUAAAAAGGGAACAAAGUGCUUCUUGACUCCAGCAGCGCAUAUGCAGUAGCGCGCCACUUGGAAAAGGUGCAAAUUUCGACUGUGAGCAACUUUAAGGCUACUUCAAGACAAAUAGUUUCAAUAAAUUUAGAAAAGUUAUAAUAAUGUAAGUAAUUACAUAACAUUCAGCUUGAGGUUAUCUACUGUUAACUUGGAAGACAACAACGAUUAUCGAGCUAAUCAUGUAGCUAUGUAAAUGUAACACGUAAAGUAAACAGAUAUUCCUUCUUUUAUGUUAGCACGCUGCAUUUUACGUAAAGCAAAUUUAUUAGCAAGUGAUGAAAACAAUUCAAACUUUUACUGUGUAAUAUUUACAAAAACAGAAACACAUCUGGUUACAAAAUACUGCCUUAAAGGUGCACUCAGUAACUUUUGCUUGUGUCACCUUGGACUUUUCAGUUACAGAUGCCAUUGUAGAAAUGUAGUAUUCACAAUCAGCCAUGAUUAAUUUAAUCCAAGAGUGAAAGUGUCCAAUAACAAGAUGGUUACUGUGAUAAAGGAAGCAGUAUUCAGUCAUGUGAGUCUAAAAUGGCAGCCACAAUGAGGGCAUCCCUGCCCCAUGUAGAAUAAAACAGCUUUUAUAAGGUUACUGAUAUGACUAGAGUCAUCAAUUUUAUACAUAUGUUUCAAAAUUACAAUUAAUUACUUGAGUAAAUUUUUGAUUUAUUUUUUAAUGGGGAAAAAAAUACUGAGUGCACCAUUAAAAUUCACUCUGCAUCAAAAUUACAGUUUUAUUUAGUUGCAGUUAAAUAAAACGUUUAAUGUAGCGUUUCUAAAAAAAAA